CAGAGAGAGGGGGUUGAGGGACAGGCUGGAGAUCGGAUUCAGAGUUUCAGCACAGUGGCCCCUUGGAGAGCCCCUGAGAGAGAUCUGCAGGAGCAGCAGUGAAGAAGCUGCGGCGGCAGGAUCAGGCAGGGACUGCUAGUGUGGAGAAUCCAAGUCUGGAGGGACCUGACUGCAGCUGGUGUGGCUGGCUUCUGCUGACCUGACCCAAAAGUACUCUGUGUGUGUUUCCACAACAAUUCCUGGUGCCGUGACUCGGAUCCAGAACACAGGCUGAGGAAGGAGGACCGCAGGCUACCCCCCCCCCGAACCCUGAGGCGCCAAACUUGAGAGGUCUGUUCAUUCACAGGUCCAAGAAGCCUUACCUCAACCACCGGAUGUUCCCUGUCACAACCUCGAACCAGGGGAUUGGAUCUACGUAAAGGUCUAUCAAUGGAAAAACGCACUUCAACCCAGAUGGAAAGGACCUUUCCAGGUACUUCUAACCACUAAUUCUGCUGUUCGUUGCCAAGGUCACCAAACGUGGACUCACGCCUCGCACUGCAAGAAGGUAUCACCUCCAUUGGACCCCGAAGCAGCUGUAUUCCAACCAAGGUUGGGAUCUUUCCCUGAGGCCAAGGACAAAGACCCUCAGGACCUCACUCAGGCAAGUGAGGAGCAUCAGGGUGCAAGUGCUAGUAACCUCUCCCCUGCACCCAACACCUCAGCCCAGCCGGAUUCAUCAGUUGAAGAACGAAGAUAUCAUCUUCGGCCUCGAAGAAAGUGAAUGCUCCCAUUCGGAAGAUCACCACCUCGAUCAAGACCAAGAGCCGACAUUAUCAGUCCUUUAGGUAACUUGAGCCCAGAGGACGAAGAAAGACUUUGGCUGCCAUCCUGGGUUUGGCUGGUAGUGUUCUUUUUCUUACUGGUGCUGGUUAUGUUUGUUGUUAAGAUUCUUUGUCCCUCCUGUAUCUAAAAAUGGCACUGAUAUCCUUAUAUAUCACACUUGGGUAUCUCAGUAUCACCCAAGGGGGGUGGGAGAAAAAUUUGUAUUUGCAGAUCUCCCAUGCAGUGGCUCAAGCUGGAAAUAAAAGUGACUGCUGGAUAUGCUCUCACAGCCCAGCACACCUACACCAAGGAAUCCCAAUGAUCGGAGUACCAAUAUCCCUCCAGCAAUGGGGAACAAUAAACGGCGGCUUCGUUAGACACUACUCGUUAGCUGCCCAUCGGUCCGCUCCUAAAGAAUGGAGGGCCGCCCCUGCUAACUGGAUAAUCUCCCCAAGAGUAGAGGCGCCUUUCUGUUACAGAUCCAACAACACCGGAGCUUAUAAUAAAGCCACACCUGUAGGACACUACCCUCAUUGCCUAACUACUCUAGAUUAUAGCCCUAGUAGCACCAGUGGAAUCCUGUUGGGUAACGUACCCUCUCUCAAUUGUACAGGAUUCAUGGUCUACAACUUUUCUAAGGAACCUCAUGUUGCUCUCAUUGCAAACAGAUCAGAAUUUUACAUUCACUCCAAUUUUACUUCUUGUAAUAUAUCUCGGUCCAGCAGAAUAACAGCUGAACGUGGACCGUCCUAUACGAUGCAUAUCAAUCGAAAGUGCCGGAUAGGGCACAACAACUGUCGAGAUUUGAGUACCCUUUCUGCCCCAGGCCUUUACUGGCUCUGCGGAAACAGGGCUCAUAAAAUCUUGCCCUGGAAUUGGGUGGGGGCAUGCACUCUUGGACGUGUUAUCCCUGGUUUCGAAAUGCAUAGUGCAAUGUAUGUGGAACAAGUAAAAAAUGUCAACCAUCACAUGAAAAGGGCGGUUAACCCCUUAGCUACCAGAAACACAGGGUUCCAUCGAUUUGUGAGAACCUUCAUACCAUGGCUUGGAGUAAGAGAAUUGGAACUAGCCAUAAUUAACAUUUCAGCCACAAUGGAAGCUAUGGGAAAUGCCACUGCGGAUGCAAUUCAGGCUCUGCAAAAAGAGAUCUCCCAGAUCUCACAAGUAACUAUACAACACCGCAUAGCCCUAGAUUACCUAUUGGUAUCCCAGGGAGGAGUAUGUGCCUUAGUAAACUCCACCUGUUGUGUCUAUGUCAAUCAGGACAUGCGAAUCGAAACUGACAUUCACAAAAUCCGAAAUCAGUUAAGGGUCCUACAUCAAGUGGCCUCAGAAAAUACUGACUGGGGUCUAGAAGAAAUGUGGUCUUGGCUAAUCUCCUGGCUCCCAGAUUUCGGGGCCCUUGGCAAGAAAAUCCUGUAUGGAAUAUUGUUUGUCUUGAUAGUUCUGAUAAUGUUCUAUGUCUUAGAGCAACUGAUCCUCUGCUGCGUGAAAGCCAGCAGGGGAAGCUUUAGCAAGGCAAGAAAACCCACAGCAGAGUCUAGAAUAAUGGUGUUACAAAAGUGUGAGCAGAUUGAAAGAAAACAUGAAAGGCUGCAUGAUGAAAUAGAGAGGCUCAUGAGAAUGGAAAUUUAAGGCUAAAGUGAGACUAAAUAGUCUCAAAGGGGGGGGCUGUGGAAUCAGAAAAAAUAUAUGCCUUAAACUUUGAUUAUUUUAGUUAUAAGAUGACAUAACCGCUUUGUGUAGAAUUGCUGGCUCGGUACAGUAGAACAGAUAAGGGCAAGUGUUUGUUCUUUGUAACUCUUCUGCAAAUGCUUCGCUCACCGCGGCCUUGAAGGUAGAAAAAAAAAAAAAAAAAGUAUGUACAAAGUAGAUUUCCAGGUGCAAGAAGGAGGUUUGUGAACUAACCCUAUCUCCCCCAUAAUUCCCAUCCUGAUAACAGCAAAGAAAUAAUGAAGUAAUAUUAUAGCCGCUUUUCAUGCUAAUUUCACUAUAUGAUCACGUGAGUUGUAAGCGACUGUUAAAAAGUAUAUAAGCCUCCUGAUUUUGCUCUUGGGGGGGGACCCCUUCCAAGUGCUUGGGAAAUCCAUGUCACUUUAGAACUCCCCCUACAGCUGUAGUUUCUUUUGAAUAAAAGCUUCUGCUGACCUGACCCAAAAGUACUCUGUGUGUGUUUCCACGACAGGCACAAGGGUACUUCAGUGCAGGGGCUGCCUGCCAGCUAUCCCCACACUGGAGCACCCUCAUGCCCUGGCCAGCCCCUCCGCAGCACAUUGAGCCAGAUCAGAGCAGUCCCGGGGUGGCAGGCUGACCCCCUGGAUCCCCUACCAGCCAGGGCUGCUCCUACCUGGCUCAAUGUACUGCGGUCCUUGGUGCAUGUUCAAACCUGGCUACCAGGAACAAUAAACUCUGGCACGAUAUGCACCACAGUUUAUUGCUAUGCAUUAACAGCAUGUAUAGAUGCAUUCACUGUCAGUUACUUCCUUGUUUUGGACAGGGGAAGAUGAAGUUUGGUAGUCACGUGGCUAAAGCCAGAGUGGGAGAUAAAAAACAGUUCUAUUUCCAGCUUUGCCAAUUACUUACUGUCUGAUGCUGCAAGUCACAUGCAGUAUGAGGUAUGUUGAAUUCUGCCUGCUGGACAUGCACCACACUUGCUGUGAGGGAUUCCAUAUACUGAAUGCCAUGUGCUGUUAGUUUUCUGGAGCCAGGAAGAGUUUAGGCCCAGUUUAUGUCUUUCAGCCUAUAGGCCCUUAAGUACCUAUUUCAGGUAGAAACCAGCAGCACAGACAGAAAUGCAGCUGCCGGUUUAACUCAUGGCGCCUCAUAGAAAGCACCAUGGGUUAGACUGACCCCUUGACCCAACAGAUAUUAGCUGUUGGGUUGGGAGAGUAGGGAACUGAACUUCAAUUUGGGGCUGAUCCAGUGAGAUAGGCUAUCUGUCUGCAGCCUCCUCCCCUAGCCCUGUCCCCUUGUCCCUCCCUGGUGAUGUCUCAGGAUGGGAAGGAAAAAAGGCAAGGGAGGGAAGUCUCUUCUGGGGUUUGCCCAGCUGUCCUGGAGGGUUGCGGGGUGAAUUGAAGCCCCACACCUCAGGGAGUUGGGGGGGGGGGGGAGGGCUCCAAUCCACCUGUGCCCUGCCCCAACCCAAGCUGGGCAAACCCCAGAAUGAACCACCCUUCCCUGCUUUCGCCCCAUCCCAUCCUGAGACAGCACUGGAGAUGCGACUUGGCUGCUUCAGCCCAGCUGUUGGAGCAGACAGAAGUUAAUGAAGGCACUCUGCUUUGGAGUGCUUUCACUAGAACCUUCAUAUAAUGAGGGUUAAUUUGUUGCGUGAUUGGAGCACUCUGCAGCCAUGCAGUUCUGUUUGGGAAUGGCUGUGGAGCGCUUUCAAGGGGAUGACUGUGCUACAAAUGUAAUUUCUGUCUGCGCUUCUGGUUCUGAUAAACUUGUCAAUGGGAAUUCUGCUGCAUGCAGAUAUACCUUAGAAGCAGGUUGAACACUUAUUAAUAUAAAGAUAACUAGCAAGUGUUGAUUUAUUUCCGUGCUUUGAUUUCCUUAUGUUGGAGCAUUUGGGGAACUUUCAUGCUGAUCCUUUGGCUGUUUAACAGCCUUCAUAUCAAGGAUCUUCAUAUCAAGGAUCUUUUUUCCCCUCUGCACAAAAUGAAUUUUCUCUGAGCUUGGCUGAUCUAGCAGCUAAACCUAUGUCCACAGAACCAUGCCAAUGCUUUGUCUCCCUACUCUGAAACCACACCCCCUCUUCUUUUCUCUUUCUCCUGUUAACAGCUUCCAUAAAAUUUCUUCUCUUUGUUCUUCUUCUGAGUCUCCCUUAAACCUGUUUUGUCACCUUUAUCCCAUUGUCUUCCUGAAAAUUUUCCACUCUCCAAAAUCCCUGCAUUCUGAUGAGGACCUUGUCAGACUGGUUUCCUUGUUCAGACAAUCUCCUUAGCAUAUGCAUUAUUUGGAGUUGUUUUUACCUUGAAUGCCUAAUGAGGUUUAAUGACUUAUACUGUUUCUGGUCUGGGAAGGAUGGGGCAUUAUGCUGACAAUAUGUGGUGGAUCUCCUAUCUACACAGAGGCAUUUUAUAAUAUAGUAGUUUCAUAACUAUUUCUUAACAUCAAACAGAAUUUGUAAGUUGUACAUAUAUGCCCACAUCAUCAUGCAUUCAAAGACAGGCAAAGGCCUUCCCUUUGGAAACUCUGCAGAAGAUUUUGCCAGUCAUUUUUGGGUGCUCAAUAAUGAAGACUGUUCAAAGGAGAAUAUGAGCAGUGGUUGUUCUUUAAAGAUAUGCUUUUAAUACUGCAUUCCCAGGAAAUCUGAGUACUCAGGCUUCCGCCUCUGGCUUCUACAGAUUUUCAAAUCUUCACAGCUGUUUAAAACUCCAUAGUUCUGGUGCUGCAAUGUGAAGGAGAAUAAUUAAGGCAUCUUGCUGGGGUCCAGAGGUGUGAAUUAAUGUUUUCCUUAGGCUUAGGGUUCCUGUGAGAGAUUCAUGAUCAUUCACAGUUUCUCAAGCAGAGUGACUGGGCAGCCCAGGCACUUCUACACCAUCAAUUUUGUUCACAGAAUUUCUAGUUUUUACUGUAGCCUCAUAGUUGGAGUUUGUCUAAAUUAGGGGGCAGCUGCCACCCUAACUAUGGUGGCAGAGCUAUGUCAGCAGAUCCCCCUAAUAGGGAUGAAGCAUGUGGUGGCAAAAGGCAGUUUCUGCUGGUGUAGCUAUAUCACCUUUCUUAUCUCUUGGAACUAGCCACCUUCUGUCAGCAAAGCUAUAUAGCCAGUUGUGUGUUUUUGCCAGCAUAACUAUACAGCCAACAUAACUAGGCUUGCAAAACUUUGUGUUGUAUGUCCAGAUUUUAGACUGGGACUUUUGUCCCUGUGGAAAAGAUUUUAACUCUUUUUGCCUUCUGCAACUACAGUCAGACAGCUCUUUUUAAAGCAAGAGGGUAUAAGGUUAGGCUCUACAUUCCUGAUCUUUUGGGAAGAUUAGAUUCUUAUCCUAGAAAAAUCCUGAUUUUCUUUCCUAGAAUGAGAUAUAUUGAACACUACUCAUGAUACAACCUGGACUUGGUACUGAUCUUUGUUAUAUGUAUGUAUCAGAAUUAAAUUAAUUGAAGUCACUUGGA